AGUUGUUUAUUGAAAAUUGCACUGACUAUUUCAAAGAUCUAUGUAUGGUAGGUUUUGUGAGUUUUUAUUUCUUUAAUUAUUUUUUGGUGGGGGGAGAAUUCCAAUUAAGGUUCAUUUCUUUAUAUAAAAAAGCUGUACAGCCAUAUGUUAAGUUGAUAAAAGAAUAACAGAAAUUGGAUUGAAGAAUUGAAGAUAUUAAGAAUGUACAGCCAUACGUUAAAUUGAAGAAAGAAUAACAGAAUAAUUGGAUUGAAGAAUUGAAGAUCUUCUAUGGAAGGGGAGCAACUCUAGCAAGAAUAUUGAAUAGGAAAUGAAACAAACGGCAUUCUUGUGAAUGACACGCAGUAUCAAUAGCUGCUCAUGGACAGUGUAGCAGAUGCUAGGAGAAAGUGAUUAAAGAACCAUCUAAAGAGAGAACAAUAAUUCAAGUCCCAUGAGAGGUGACUGUGUUACCAGAGGUUACAAGUAACUGCACAAUCAUACAUACACAACAGCCGAAACUUGACAGAAACAACAGAAGGAAACAUUCCAGCCCUUCACCAGUUUAAGGUUGAUGUUGUCUGCUACAGUCUGGGAAAUAAGACCUUAAAUCUUUCUGAAUAAAAAUGAUAUGGGAGAUAGAAUUUCCAUUUAUUGCGUCUGAAAUUGGAUUAACCGUUCUUUAUUGCUGACGAAAUUGGGAUUAACUGGAAUGAAUUGUGUCCUUCAAUUGAACUGACCUGAUUGUAUUCCAUGCUCAUAACGAAAGCUCUUAUUAAGUUAAACGUCAUUAAUUGCCUUAUAUGCAAGCCGCCAUUUCUAUACUGAAAGAACUUGGUUUGUUUCCAUGUAAUAUUGUAAAUUGUUUUAUAUGUUAACAGCAACAAACUGUGUACUAAUUUUAGAAAAUUGCUAUUCUUUUGGAAAUUCCAAGAAAAACGAAGAGCAUGAAAUGCAGGCAGUUUUGAAGUUGGUCACACAUUGCAUUGGAAAUUAUGAGAGAUUGCUACAAAGCUGAGGAAAUGUGUGUUCCCUUGUGGACAUUUUUCCUGUCAGUGUUUGAUAAUUCUUAUUCUCAAAGCAGGGAUAAAAUCUGAAAUUAUUGACUGUGUACAUGUUGCUUCAACACCUUCAAUGUGAUGAUAAUGAUGAUGUAUAUUAUAUGAAUAUUGGCUCAUAAAGAGACAAAGUUUAAAAACAAAACACACCAUUUAUCUUAAAAACAAUGUUCCAGGAAAAAAACUAAUUUUAGUGGUAUAUUUAUAAUAAUGUGACCUUUAAUACAGAGAACAAUAUAAUUGGAAAAAGAAGAGACAUUUUUCCAGGAAAAAUAAUGGACAGGUAAUGAGAUUCAUUACUUUGUGACCUAUAGUAAAAUUAUUCAAGGAAAAAUUCAAUUUCAAAAGAACAGAGUUGAUAACAGAGUGACUUUCUAUCUUUGACAUGGAUACCAGCUCAGUGGUUGAAAUAGUGGUUCUGAUCAUUAUGGUGACAGUGACCUUGUCCACAAAUAUAAUCACGCUUUUGGUGAUUUCAUGCACCGACUACUUACGCAACAUCAACAAAGUGUACAUGUACUCCAUAACAGUCUCAGACCUCUGUAUCGGAUUGUUCAUAUUCCCGUUCGCUCUGUACACCGCCAUAACGAACCUUUUUCGUAACCCGGACGUAAAUCCCUUGAUAUGCCACAUUCAAGCCUACCUAACCAUUGUGUUUUUUCUGUCUGGUUUGUACGCUUUAGCCUGGACAAAUGUUGACCAUUACGUCGCUGUAAGAAAACCUGAACGUUACAAGGUCAUGAUGUCUCCGCCCCGGUCCUUAUGCUGGAUUGCCUUCGCGUGGAUUGCAGCAAUAAGUUUUUGUUGCCCACCCGUGUUGAGUUAUAAUGAAAUUGACCAAUUUUAUCACCAGGUGUAUUUAUGCACCGUGUACUUUGGGUCUGAAAUUCCAUAUUUUAUAUCAGCCGCUGUUCUAGCAUUGCUGCCACCCAUGCUGGUGUUACUUAUUACAAACGUGUACCUAUUCACUCACGGGUUUCGGAAGAAACAAAAAAUGUAUGAAGCAGUGCCCAUCAUACUUGAUGUGAGUUCCCGCCCAAGAAAUUACCAAAUAAACUUUAUAAUUUCCACGAUAUGCAUUAGCACGUGGAUUCCCUGGUGUGUACUGAGGAUAAUCAGCUUCUACCUGGACACCAUACCGAACCUGUUACAUUUCUUUACGUUUUGGAUCGCCAUGGGUAACACGUUUUACAAGUUUUUUAUAUACGCGGGAAUGAGUGUAGAAUAUAGAAGGGGCUUAAGGGAACUUGUGCGACAAUGUUGCUCGAGAUGUCUUUGUAAAUCCAGCGUUCAGACACCACGUGCGAGUCAAACCGUGAACUUUGCAGCGACGCGCCUUGUAACAAAGCCAUCUACUAGCGGGCCUGCCCCCAUAAAUUUGUAGUUCCUUAUUAAAAAUUGACCCUCGUUUUGGGAAAACUGGGCUUAAAGCAUGCAUGUUAAGUGUUGUCCCAGAUUAACCUGUGCAGCGGGCUGAUUAACCUGUUCAGCGGGCACAGCCUUAUCUGGAAUGCCACUUUGUGCCUAAACUGGAUUUUCGUUUUCAAGAGACUCCCUUUUAAUGGAAAAUUCCAUUAAAGCUAAAAGUGUCAACCCUGAUUAGCCCAUGUAGACUGCACAGGCUAAUGUGGGACAACACUACGCACAUGCAUUAAGCCCAGUUUUCCUAGAAUGCUGUUCUAUUUAUUUUUUUACAAUUUUUUGUUAAUAUCUAUGAAUAAUUUGAAAAAUUGAACUCAGUUGUCAUGGCUCUAAUUUAGAUACAUACAUUGCCAUGAUAUUGUUAUACAUUUGGACAAGGGACCAAAUAGUCUUUCACAUGUCACAAAAAAUAUUUUUUUUGUUGCAUAUAUAAAUGUUAGUGUAUUAUAACCUUAUCUUACUGUGAGUAUGUUAAAGUAAAAAACAAACAAACAAAUAUUAACUCUGAAAUCAUGAUGGGACCAUUAUUAAUUAGAUUAGAAUUGUAUAAAUGGAGUGUUUGACAAAAUAUAAACACUCUUUAAUUUACUGCUUUAAUGUUGAAUAGAUGAGAGCUGUCCCAGAAAGCCAUGAAGGAUAUCAACAGAAUAUUACAGAUAAAUUAAUACAAAUCCAAUACAAAUUUUGGCAGUUAAAUGCUUAGACAUUACAUUUACUCAAUUUCAUGAAAUAUUUUUCAUGUGUGUUGGUCUGUCAUACAAGCAUAGAAUAGUCAUGUUACAUUGUUUACUGAAGAUGUUUUUCAUAAUUUAUAUUUCUUCCUCAAAUGACAAAAUGUUUAAUAGUGUUAACUUAAAAUUGUGUUACUUUUAUAUGCGCCCAGAGCUCUGCAAUUUUCUAGGAUAUGGUAGACCAACUCUUGAAAUUUCUUGUUUGUGAAGUAUUAUCAAAUUACCACUAGCAAGUGAGCCAAUAUCAAAAUUCUUAAAUACUGCUUGCUUUUCAUAUAUGUUUAGCUUUCUUUUGGCAUUUUACCCGAAAUGCACUGC